AUGUAUAUCUGCCUAAGGUACCUAUCUACUCCGUGCUCUAGAACAAAUGCCACCCCCCCUGUUGCUACCUAGCAACGCCUUCAAACACCAUCGUCAUCAAGCACGACAAAAAAAGCUCAAGCAACUCCACAACUCCAACGCCAAACGACACAAUUCCACCUUAUCCCCACGGACCCCAAACCGUCUACAAACAACCCUCCCCACAUUCAAAAUGCCCGCGACCCGCCGCGCCCGCGGCGCCUCCAAAACCGCCCAACGCACACUCGGCUUCACGCACAGCAAAUCCACCAAGCCCCUCCCCAGCAGCAAAGACCUCUCGCCGACCACGCCCACGCCCACGCCCUCCCCAGCCGUCGUCGAUGUCGGCCACGUCUCCUCGGAAGCGGCCGUCGCGCAACAAGCCGCCGUCGAGGUGACGCGCGUGCGCGAGUCCCGCGAUCGCAGCGUCGAGGAAUUACAAGCCAAGCAGGUGACGGAUGCGCAGAUCCGGCGGUAUUGGAGGGAGCGAGAGGCCGAGAGGAUUGCGCCGAGAGUGCAUCAGCAGGAUUUGAGUGUGGAGGAGAAGAUUUUGAGAUUGUUUGAUAUGAGCUCGCAGUAUGGGGUAUGUUCUGUCCUGUUGUUGUUUUCCCUCGUCCGCCCUUUUUUUCUUCCUUUUUUUACCAGCUGUUUAUGUCUGCGUGUGGAAACUUGAACUGCGCUGAUUUGCGGUGUGUUGCUUUAGCCGGCGAUUGGAAUCGCGAGGAUGAAGAGGUGGGUUAGAGCGAAUAAGUUGGG